AGGAAUCAAAGGCGAAUCAAAGCGGCGCGCAAAACCGAAACAAAGUCACAACGUCUCUACCCGCCGCCACAGCCGCACCGAAGCGCACCGGACCGAACCGAGGCACCGCCGCACCGCCGCACCCACACCAAUAAAAGGAGCAGAGCGGCACGCCGCGCGCCAGGCGAACUACGGAGCAGCGGCAAAUAAAAACGCAGACCCGCCGAAACGGAUACGUGGAGCGAGCCGCCGCCACUUAGCGUGUCGCGAUCGCACCGACAGUGCAGCGGAACCCAGCAGCAAGUGCAGCAAGAGCAGCGGCAGCCCCACCCCCGGCACGCUCACCCCGUCAACCAGCAUGGCUCCCAUCGUCUUGUGGACCGCAGUGCUCGCGGCGUUCUGCAGCCUCGGCGUCUCCGCCAUGCCGAUGCUGACCGAGCAGCCCAGCGAGCGACUGGCCAUCCCGCCGUCCGUGCUGGAGUGGUACCUGCAGCAGCGCGACCUGCAGCAGCGCGACCGCGACCUGCAGUACCGCGACGACCGCGAGGGCCGGGACGCGGACGGCCAGCCCAUCGGGCAGCCCGGCCAGCUGCAGCCCAGCGAGCUCCACCAGUUCAAGCAGUGGCUCGACACGCAGCUGGCGCGCCUCCCCGUCGCCCCCGAGGCCGAGGAGCCCAACAAGGCCCUGGUCGUGCCGCAGCAACCCAAGCGAGGCAACUACAUGGCGCUGUGUCACUUCAAGAUCUGCAACAUGGGACGCAAGCGAAGCCCCAGAAUCCAGCCCCAGGAUCUGCCAUAAACGCCAACACAUGAUGGCCUCCGGCGCCACCUCCGCGCGCAGCACCGCGCAGCCUCGCGCAUUCUAGCCCUCCCCUUCCAGGGCAUCGCGGCCGGCACCAGCGCGGCACCAGUGCGGCACCAGCCCACGCCUCGGCGCGAGAACUCGUGCCCCGCCUGGCCCCGCCUGGCCCCGCCGGCUCACCGAGUCACCUCAGUCGGCAGCACCAACCAGUGCACCCGUUCGCCCCUUAUAUAUGUUACCAUUUACGUUUAUUUUCGUCCCCCUUGGUCGUAUCAAAGUUAGACAGCUUUGUAUUUAUUAGCAGCAUUAGCGUUCGCAUUUUCAUUUCGUACAUCGCCACAUCGCCUCACGCCGUGCCGCACGCGCCGCGCACGCCCGCGCACGCCCCGCCACCACCACCACGCCACGGCACCCUCUCCGCGACAGGCGCCAAGCACGGUCUCACUUUUCAAAGGGGUCUGAUAACGUUUAAUUUAUAUAGUUUUACCUUCGUAUCUACUACACUAUAUGUACAAUAAUUAAUUUUCUAAUGACAGACUGCUAUGGUAAUGCAUAAAUAUUCGUAGUUUUAAGGAAGUGCUUCAGUAGGCAAUAGUGUACCAAGUCAUUCAAAAUACAACACAAAAAAUACAAAAAAAAAAAAUUAGAUCAGGGAGGAAUAGAAGCCUAGAAAACCUCUGGUACAUUCAAGAUGAAGUAAUGUUUAUUUAUGCAUGGUAAAAAUGCAGUAAAUAGUAUUAAAAGUGAGAUGUAAUUUGAGGAUUGCCCACACUCAAGAAUGUUGUAAUAUAAAAUCGAAGAGAAAUGCUUGAAAACUCUUAUGUUCCUUUUCAAAUGGUAUUUUCAAAUAGUAUUAAUUUAGGAAUACAUAAAAUUGUACCCCAAUCCUCCCAUCUGAAUAUAAAUUUUCAUCUGGAAAUAGUUAAUAGUCCACAGAUCUCUCUCUUUCCCUCGUGUACCUUCUCUCAAUCACCUCGCCCAGUGCCUCACAUUCAUUUCCCUCUUCAAUAGUUUGAUUCAUGGUGUUGCAAAUAAAAAGCAAAUGAAAUUGUGCAGGGAUAGUGCUCAGAAUAGAAUGAAAAAUAUAUUUUACGCUUCGUUUCAUGCAUUAUUAGCUUUUAAUUUAGAUUUCUAAUUGUUUGAAUCCAAACCUGUUUGUUUUAUUUGAAAAUCAUCAUCAUUUCACCAAUACAUCGGUCAAUAUAAUUUUAGUUUGCUUAAGGCAUAAAUAUGUUGCAUACUACCAUUGUACAUUGUAAAAAUAAAAUUUUGUUUCUAUUAUGAACAAUCA